AGUCCCUUUUUGGCGUCCGCCCUCAGCCAAAAUGGCGCCGUCUCGGAAGUUGCCGAAGCGCUAGAAGUUGCCGAAGCAGGUCCGGAAGCUGCCGAACGGGUCCGGAAGUUACCGAAAGAGAGCAGCGGGGAAGAAGGAUGGCGGAUCUCAUCGCAAGACUCCGGGAGGACGGGAUCCAGAAGCGUGUGAUACAGGAAGGCCGAGGAGAACUCCCUGACUUUCAGGAUGGAACCAAGGCCACAUUCCACUACCGGACUCUGCACAGCGACAAGGAGGGCACUGUGCUGGAUGACAGCCGGGUGCGUGGCAAGCCCAUGGAGCUCAUCAUUGGCAAGAAGUUCAAGCUGCCUGUGUGGGAGACCAUCGUGUGCACCAUGCGUGAAGGGGAGAUCGCCCAGUUCUGCUGCGAUGUCAAGCACGUGGUCCUGUAUCCGCUGGUGGCCAAGAGUUUACGCAACAUCGCGGCUGGCAAGGACCCCCUGGAGGGCCAGCGGCACUGCUGCGGGAUCGCCCAGAUGCACGAACACAGCUCCCUGGGCCAUGCCGAUCUGGACGCCCUGCAGCAGAACCCCCAGCCUCUCAUCUUCGACAUUGAGAUGCUUAAGGUGGAGAACCCCGGCGCGUACCAGCAGGACCCCUGGGCGAUGACGGAUGAGGAGAAGGCGAAGGCGGUGCCGGUCAUCCACCAGGAGGGCAACCGGCUCUACCGUGAGGGCCGCGUGAGGGAGGCGGCCGCCAAGUACUACGACGCCAUCGCCUGCCUCAAGAGCCUGCAGAUGAAGGAGCAGCCUGGGUCCCCUGACUGGAUCCGGCUGGAUCAGCAGAUCACACCGCUGUUGCUCAACUACUGUCAGUGCAAGCUGGUGGCCCAGGAGUACUACGAGGUGCUGGACCACUGCUCCUCCAUCCUCAACAAGUACGACGACAACGUCAAGGCCUACUUCAAGCGGGGCAAGGCGCACGCGGCCGUGUGGAAUGCCCAGGAGGCCCAGGCUGACUUUGCCAAGGUGCUGGAGCUGGACCCCGCCCUGGCGCCCAUCGUGAGCCGUGAGCUUCGGGCCCUGGAGGCGCGCAUCCGGAAGAAGGACGAAGAGGACAAGGCUCGCUUCCGGGGCAUCUUCUCCCACUGAUGGGGCUCUGCCGGCCCUGCCUGCCCUGCGUUGCCCCCUGCUGCUGCCGCCGGCGCCCCUGCCCCCCGCUCCGUCAUGCUUCUCUGUAUAUAAAGGCCGUAUUUAUCUCUC